GAAGUCCAUCCACACCUUUUGGCAGCUCAUCUGACCAUAAAUCCACUUCAUAUCAGUUUGAGACCCAUGAUGUCCUUCUCCGGAUAACCACCACCGCCAGUCUGGCCGUGGCCCCGCUUGCAACGUUUGUGCAGCAAUCAGUAUUUCAGGGUUUUUUCAAAAAAAUAAAAUACAAAUAAAAAAAAUAUUUAUUUAUUUAUUUUGGGGCAGCAACUCCCCCUUGCAGCAUCGGACCCCGCAAACUUCCUCGCAACGCUUCAGCACUUUAUAAGAAAGUCCGACUCCCCUUUCCUUCCAUCCGCUUCCUCUGGGGUCUCCAGUAAUCGCUGUUCUUUUCUACAAUCAAAGGGUCGCAAUCAGGAUCUAAAAGGGGUGUACUAUUUUGAAUCGAUUGGUAGAAAAACGAUCAAAAAGCACUUCAUUUGUCCAAGAGGGUAAAAGAAGAGAUCGAAGUAACCAUGCAUAAGGUGAAAACCCAUGAUAGGGAGACUCAUGGAAUGAGCAAUGACAUCGAUGAGAACACACCAAUGGACAAAGUCAAAGGCCCAAAUGUGUUUGAACGGGCUAAGGAGGAGAUUGAGGCCAUUGUGGAGGCCAUCCAUUUGAAGAGAGAACCGCAUCAUGAUCCACCCACAAAGAAAGAGGAAAGUGUAUUGGAAGCACCCAAUUUAACUGAGAAGGCAAAUAAAGAAGCCAAAACAUUGAACAGGGUUAAAACCCAUGACAAGGAGACUCAUGGUACCAGCAAUGACAUUGACGAGAAUACUCCUAUCGAAAAAGUUAAAGGACCAGGUGUAUGUGAACGAGCUAAAGAAGAGAUUGAGGCCCUUGUAGGAACAAUUCGUCCGAAGAAAGAACACAAUCAUGAGGUUCACACAAAGAAAGAAGGGGGAUUCUGGGGUUUUCUGGGAAGAAUGUUUGAGAAAUUCUGCUCCCCAUUGAAUGGAAAGAGAGACUAGCCAUGAAGGUUUAUGUAGGCUUCUUUGAUUUUUUUUUCCCAGAGAUGUGUAUAUUGUUACAGAUACGCAUCUGUGGUUUCUUGGAUAUAUUAUUUUGUUUAUUCACUUUUUGCAGAGUGAAGAGAUGAUUUUUUGUAUGUGUACUUUUUGUUUAUCGUGAUUUCUAAUUGUUGGCAG